GCUGCCGCUGCUCCAGCUCCACUCCACCUCACGAGUCUCACACCUCCCCCUCCCUUUUUAGAGAGAGAGAGAGCAACGACGCGCCUAGAGAGAGAAAGAGGAGCAGCGCGAGCGGGAGGAGGAGAUGGAGCGGGCGGCGCCGGUGAGGAGCUCCCACACCUCCACGGCCGACCUGCUCGCGUGGCCGCAGCCCCAGGGCCAGGGCCCCGCCCCCGCCACGCCGUCGCCGCCGCGCCGCCCUGGCCAGCCGUCGGAGGCGAUCAGGAAGGUGGUCUUCGGGGGCCAGGUCACCGAGGAGGAGGCCGACAGCCUCACCAAGAGGAAGCCGUGCUCCGCGCCCAAGUGGAAGGAGAUGACUGGAAGCGGCAUCUUCGCGGCCGGGAGCAAUGGCGACGCUGGGGAGGCCGUGGCCGCCGCGAAGCCCGCGCGGACUGCCCCGCGCCAGGCAAUCAGUACUGUAAGUCACAUCUCGUUCGCUGAGGAUGGAACUGAUCCUCCCAAAAAGCCAACUUCGGUAGCUGAGGUGGCAAAGCAGCGUGAACUUAGUGGCACUCUUCAAAGUGAGGUGGACAGUAAGAUGAAGAAGCAGAUAUCAAAUGCAAAAUCCAAGGAGCUCAGCGGCCACGACAUCUUUUCUGAUACUCAGGAAUCCAGGUCUAACAGGGCAAGGAACUCAUCAAAUGGCAGCUCUGCCUCUAACACACCUGUUAAAAAUGCAAACGCGAGCACCUUCUCAUUUGGAGAGGCUAACAUUGACAGCGCGCCAAAGACAGCAAAGAAGAUAACUGGCAAGAAGGUCAACGACCUCUCUGGCAAUGACAUUUUCAAGGGAGACGCGCCGCCAGCUUCCGCUGAGAAGCAUCUGAGCACUGCAAAGCUGAAGGAGAUAACUGGAAGCAAUAUUUUUGCAGAUGGGAAGGAACCAACCCGCGAGCGCACAGGUGGAAACCGCAAGCCUCCUGGCGGCGAGAGCAGCAUUGCGCUGGUUUAACAUCCUGAACUGGAAUGGGGACGGACCUUGCCUUAAUCCAUGCUUAUCCCUGUAGAAGUUCGCCCGCGAUGUGACAGGCUGUUUGACCGUCAGUUUGAUGUGUUGUUUCCGAUCGUGGUGCGGCAGUGAGCAACCCCAUUUUUAGUCCUGAUGAUGGUCUAGUUUAACUUUGGUGUGUGCAUGUUUGGUUUGGUUGUGAGAUACCCAUGCCGUUCUAUCGUCAGUGCGUAGCGUGUGUACGGUGGAUAUGUUUUGACAAAUAAUAACAUGAGUCUGAACCAAGCUCACAUCUCGCACAUAA